GUCCCAUAACAGAAUAGAACAAGACACGCAGAUCACACAAACGAAGGCCCUGAUUAGCACUGCCCAUGCUGCAUUUCACUUUGACAUGGACAAUAAGUAAAUAGGGUUUAUCGGAAUAUCCAUCUACUCGUCUUGGAAAGAUGUCUCCUUGGAAUGUUGCACGCGUGUGACUCGACCUCUGGGUAACUUCUGCGCGUGACAGUACAUUUGUUACUUCUUCCAAGGUUUAUAGGGCUGUUCAUCCACUCUAAUGAUGUCUUGUAAUCUUGCGUGACUCAACCUCUUGCGUGACACUUGUGUGAAUCAACCACUUGCGUGACUAUUGUUUGACCCAAUCUUUUGCGUGACUUUUAUGACCCAAUUUCUUGCGUGACAAUUGUGUGACCCAGCCUCUUGCGUGACAAGUGCAAGACUGUGGUACGACGCCUUCUUUCGUAGCCGAAAUGCGUCUUAAAUCAUUAAAGACAUUGUUUGCAGUACUUGUCGCUAUCGUUAUCACCUCGAUCAGUGUUUUUAAGCUCAAGGAAAACAUCGUUUUACACCCGGAGGAGAACAGUCUGAUCCAAGAACGUACUGCUUCAUUUGGAGGAUAUGUCACGGCGGAGUUGGACCUUACAGCACCUACUGCACCCAUCCAUUUACCAGAAAAAGACAACAGCAACCGUACUCAUAUCAUAAUCCCACAUACAGAGGUGGGGCAAACUAAUGCUGCACAUUUUAAGGAGAAACAUGAUAUAAAGAUGUCACAAGACCAGAAGGCAUUACACCAGAGGUUGGGGAACAAACCAAAAGACCAAACCACACCGUCCCACCAUGCAACUCCUUUCCCUAGCAUGCCUUUGGCACUUAUCCCAGCGAAUCCGCGUCAACAUCAAACCGUGAGCCAUUCAGAAUUGCGCUUGAACCGAUCCCAGAAUCCAGAAUUUCCCGGCAUCCCAUCGACACCUACACAACCUAGAACUCAACCAGGUCGUCCCCAACUUCCCACGUAUUCAACACAGCUUCCCAUUGUUCUCUUUGGACUCAUCCAAAAGACCACACCUAGAAGUCGGCCGUGGAAAUCGAGAGCGGCACCAUUAGCCGAGGAGUCGGCAGGUGAUCAGGGGUUACUAUUACGCAGCAGCUUGACGCGGUAUCUAGGAAUCUUCAGGGAUCAUCCCCAGCUUGUUCCAAGGACGUCAUAUCUGCCAGGCUACAUGGAGGUGGCCCAUGCACAUUUGGAUGGCAUCGCCGAGCUGGACUUUAGUGUGUACAAGACCGCACUGGAAGCAGUGAUCACGUGUAACACACGUGCCGGGUGUAUGGCAGUUCAGACGCCAGUGGAUUCUCAUCGCCCUGGAUACGUGGCCCUGAAAUCAGGCUUUGGCCGCCCCGCACCAUCGAAAACAUCAUCUCUUCACAUCAAGAGAGAGUUUGUCCCCGAAUACCUAGAAGCUGUUCUUCAAAGCAUCCCUCUUAAAUGCGCAAUCCCGCUGAAAGACAGUGACGUGGGCUCACGUGAAUGCAAGCUUCCUGUGCUCGACCCAUUCCUUCCCAGCGUGAUGAAACACGUGCAGCUUGAGGCGCAUGCGCAGUGUUCUGGGAAACUCUACACGAGCUACGAAAACGGCGCGCUACGACUACAUGCCAACACCAAUGAUAACGUGACCCAGGUCUCGUACCAGACGAUUAGACGCCCGACAUCGUUCAAUGCCGACUUCUACUCCGAUCUUGUUGACCAAGGGAUUCUUAAUCAACAACACCACAACGUGUCCUUGACCGACGACUUCUUAAAACUCGUAACAACAUUCAACGACGGUCGCCAACAAUCGGACCUCGUCGCCUCUGUCGUAGAGCGCCCAGACGUGCUCAAACGCAUACAGUCGAAAGAAGCACCGCUGGACAUAAUGAUUUUGGCAUUCGACUCAAUGUCCGCGGCGCAUUUCGAGCGAGUAAUGCCGCUGACCUAUGCAUUUCUAAGGGACGAAUUACGGGCGUUUCUCUUCCGGGGAUUUUCUAUCGUUGGCCAGGCAACCACUCCCGCGCUGACUGCCAUGCUCACGGGACGGACAGUGGAGGAGAACUGUGAGAAGCAGGAGGGGAGAAGAGGGGAACCGGGCUCCACGUCCAUCGACGGAUGGCCCUUUAUAUUCAAGGAGUUGAAAGAGAAGGGGUUUUCUACCAUGUUGAGCGAGGACGACCCUUUAUUAGGUGCCUUCAAUCUUCGGCUGUUGGGGUUUAAAGAUCAGCCUGUGGACCAUUACGGUCGCACAUUAUGGCUUGCCUCUGGGUCGCACAAACACUGCUACGGGUCACAGCCCCAGUUCGCCAUCCAGCUGGAGUACUUGAGGAGCUUCAUGCGCGCGUAUCCAGGCAGGCGAAAGUUCGGGCUCACCUUCCUGUCCGACCUCUGCCAUCAGACUUUGAAUCACGUGUCUACCGCCGAUAAGGGCGUGGCCGACUUUCUUCGAUCUCUGAAGCGGGACGGGCUACUGGAGAACACCAUGUUUAUCGUGAUGGGCGACCAUGGACCGAGGUUCGGUGGGACGAGAGAGACCACCCAGGGCAAGCUUGAGGAAUCGUUGCCUUUCCUCGCCGUCCAUCUGCCGGACUGGUUCAAACAGAAGUACACUAAUGAAGUAAGGGAGCUCGAGGAAAACACGCGGGUACUGCUUUCUCCGUUUGAUCUACACGCUACAUUUCUUCACUUGAUGCAUUUUCCGUCUGGUGUACCCUCCAAAGACUCGACUCACGGCUCGUCGCUAUUCGGUGCUCUUCCAAAAGGCCGCAGCUGCGCAAGCGCACGAGUCCCGGAGCACUUCUGUCCUUGUGUCGUGCGCCACAAGGUCGAUCUCUCGCACGUGCACGCAUUAGAGGCUGCGAAAAGCACGGUGCGAGAGAUCAACAAGCGCCUGAGGAACGACACUGAUGCAAGAAUUCUUUGUAGAAAUCUUACCCUUUCGCGAAUUCUCGGCGCCAACCAAGUGACAACCUCUGCGAAGGUACAGACCUUCUCGAAUAUACAAGGCGGGAUGGGUAUUGGGAUUGGUCGAGUCGUGUUUGACAAGGCACUAGCAAAUACGGAUUGUAGUUACGAGGUUAAAUUCUCCGUGAGCCCUGGAGAUGGGGUCUUUGAGAGUACGGUGACGGUAAACAACAUCAGGAUGUACCAGGUGUGGCCGAACAUCAACAGAAUCAAUUCCUACAGCGACAUGUCCAGGUGCAUUUCAGACAAGAACCCUAGACUCAGGGACUUCUGUGUAUGCUUUAGCCAAUCACCAGCCUAAUCCCACAUGCUUUAGACAAUCAUCGGCCAGCAGUUGUGCAGAAAGCGCCCACUUUGAUCUACAAACAGCGCCAACAUCGUCCAGCAUUGCUGUACAGACAGACCUGACAUCGGCCAGCAUUGUUGUUGUACAGAAAGCGCCCUGAGUUAGUACGUAGUUAAUAGAUAGUGGUAUACUGUAAACCGUGUAUAAGAAACUAGAAUUUGACAUCAUGCAGGCUUAAAUUGGAUGUUUAAAGCACCCAUUUUCUGUAAAGAACCUUAUCAGGCAAGUGUGGAUAAAAAGGGAUUUUAUGGCCCUAUGUUUUGUUUAGCAUUGAUCAAUAUUUUUGAAGUCAGCAAGAAUUAUGACCAGUGAUUGUUAUUGUUCAGUGUUCCUGCCUGAUUUGUGUAUUCUGCCUGAUUCUAGGUUCUCAUACGAGGGUGUUCACUUAAACGUAUAAAAAUUGUACAAAAUAUAUCGUAGUAUACUACUAACCGUUUCACGGAUUAAGUCGCUAUAAUUGAAAUAUGUUAUCUAAAAUGUUUAGAGAAAAUAGUUAAAAAUGCCAGGCACUAUGUAAAAUGAUGUUUUAUUGAAUAAAUUUCAUACAGUAAAAUUUA